AUGCCCCGGACUCAAAGCGGUCGUCGGAGUUGUGGCGCCCCCCUUGGCGCCGGAGCGCCGUUCCUGGACGCGAGCUGGUCGGCGUGGCAGCGGUGGGAGUACGCCGUCCACAGAGCGUGGUUGUCGGGGGCGUACUUCGGCAGCUGCCGUGCUUCCUUGGAGGGACGUCCGGAUCCGCGUGAUCUCGCCGCGGCGUUCAACGUCGGUGGGCGGUGGGGCACGGGGAAGCCUCCGGCGCUGAGCCUCCAUGAGCCCGGCACGCGCAUGUCCGGCGGCGCCGGGGGUAGUAUGUCCUACAGCUCUGCAACAGGCAGUAAUGAAGAUAUCCACAAUAGGAGAGAGCCACCAGGGGAUCGCGACUGGGGCGCGACCAUCACGACCACGGUGGUGGCGGGCUCACAGAAACGGAUGAUGACGCGCGUCGCUGUCGUCCAUGGCGGUGGCCUCAAGGGCAAGGCGACAUCGCCAUGGCCCCGCUCCCACCUCUGCCUCCCCGAACCUUCUCCGACCAGCGCGCCGCCGCCGCCCCCAAACUUCUCCCACCAGCGCGCCUCCAAACCCCUCCCACCCGCACGCCGCCACCGCCCCCAACCCCCUUCCACGAGCGCCCCGCCGCCGCCCCCAACCCCCUUCCACCAGUGCCCCGCCGCCGCCCCCAAACCCCUUCCACUAGCGCCCCGCCGCUGCCCCGACCACCCUCACACCAGCGCGCCGUGGCGACUCCGAACCCCCUCCGACCAGCGCCCCGCCGCCGUCUGUGCUUCCGUGGCCACUGCGCCGGAUUCCCCUCACCCACUGCAUCGAGUUCGUCAGUUCGCUGGUGUGAUCGACAGGGAUAACCAGGAAGAUGGAAAUCGUGGCACUUGGGGCAUUCCAGGGAGAAGUCCAGCUUGCCAGGAGAACCUGUACUGUUGGAUCUAUCUCGAGAGGACUGAGGGAGCACAUCUCUGCAGCUCUCGAACUUUCAUUGCGAAGAAAGAGAAGAGAGCAGUUGAGUUGAUUGAGGCAGUAAUGCUGCUCCACUUUCUGGUCCUUGAUGAGCCCCUGCGUAGGCGCUUCCUCCUCUCAGGACCAGACCCAACCAUCGUCGCCAUAGCACGGCGCCUACCGGCGAAGGACCACCACCUCCCUGACGACGUGCCCAACCCCGCUGACGAGGCCUGCCGCCAAAACCCUCCUCCUUCCUCCUCGUGUCGGGAUGAACAAGAUCCAGCCGGCGCCUGAAGCUCAUCCCACCAGCGUACCUCCUCCUUCCCCUCGCUGCACGGACCGGUGUGGCAUAGCGUCGCCGCCCAGCAAUGGCGAUUGGACGAGGGAGGUUGGACGGACUGCAGAUUGGCGAUGUUACCCCCCCUCUCUCAAAGACAAUAAGACCAAAAAGCGAUCAGGCCGUUCAGCUCUGGCACCGAAGCCGUUCACCUCUGCCACAGGAGGCCGUUCGACGAAGCAGCGCUCAUCUUGUUGUGUUUUUAAAGUACAUGUUUUAUGUGCUUUUCAGUUCACCUACUUGACGAUUCUAUAGUACACUAGGUGUUUGUGUUGUGCCUUAAUAAGCAUUUGAGAAAACCUUGUAUGGAUCGAAACUACCAUAUGUUCUGUUCUAUUCUUGUAAAUGAAGCUCCACUUCUGUUUUGUUUGAAGUUAUUUGGCAUAAAAAUUAGUAUAUGUUCUACUGUAAAAGACAUAUAAAAUGUCUUGAUGCAUGCUAGCAGAAAUUUGAAAAUACACUCAGUUCAAGUUGUUUGUUGUUA